AUGGCUGAAACUCAACCCUCCCCUUCUCAGCAACCUUCAAACGGGUCACAAGAGCCGCCUGUCCCUUCAUCCACUGCACCCCCAGAUACGGCUGACCCUGCUAUUAAACCUGAUACGGACCUUGACGCUUCUAUCGAACAAGACAUCGACAUGAACGUUGACCAGAAUGCCUCCGGUACCGCCGAUGAUAAUGCGCCUGGUCUCGACGCCCUGGCUGCUGCACCGCCACCAACCAAGAAGGAAACUAGUUUGCGCGAGUUUCUAGGAAAGAUGGAUGACUACGCCCCUAUUAUUCCUGAUGCCGUAACAGCCCACUAUCUUACUCUGGCCGGUCUCCCCCCUCCAGGCACAGGACCUAACCAAACACCUCCACACCUCGCUCGCCUCCUCGCACUGGCCACGCAAAAGUUCGUCUCCGAUAUUGCCGCCGACUCAUACCAGUUUGCUCGUAUCCGCGCCUCCAACAGCUCAUCCGCCAACAACCCGAUGGGCAGUCUGAACGCUGCUUCUGGCAUCGGCGCCCCUGCCGGCAUGGGCGCUGCGCCAGGCGGUGCAACAGGCGGUGACACCAAGGCUGGCAAGGGCAACACUCACCUUGGAAUUCAACGUCCUGGUUUCGGUGGUGGUGGAUCCGGUGGAUCUGGACAGGGACGGACUGUCUUGACGAUGGAGGAUUUGGGCAUGGCAGUUUCUGAAUAUGGCGUGACCGUCAAGCGCGGAGAGUUUUACCGAUAA